AUGGUCCUUUUAUCAUCUGCAACUUGGAGAGUCGUACCUUGCCUUUCCCCACAUUCUUUCAUUUGGCCCCCUUCUCCAUUUCUAACCAUGUCUCCCAUCAUCAACGUUGGAACAGACGCGCCCCCCACUUCUUCUUUCACACUGGACAACACUCUCGGGGCAGUUAUCAUUGGGUUCGCUGCAUCUUGCGCGCUGUAUGGGAUCUUGCUAACGCAAGCUUGGUCAUAUUAUCGCACGUUUGCCUCGGAUUCGAUAGUGUAUAAAUUUCUGGUCAUGCUAGUUGUAAUUUUGUGCAUGGGAGACCAAGCGCUCAUCGGCCACUUCACGUACUUCUAUGCGCUGGCCAGUGUGGGCAAUCCUUUGGCUAUGUUUGUUGGCACCACAACUUGGUCUAUUAUCCUGCAACAAACAGUCAGUACUGUUAUCGGCGCCAUAGUCAAGUGUGCUUUUGCCACACGUGUAUAUCGCUUUAGCGAGCGCAAUUUCUUCAUAACCGCGUUCAUAGUCCUUCUUGUGCUUGGCCAGAUGGCUGUAGCAUUGAUCUUCACUAUCCAAGCCUUUGGUCUUUCCUCAAUCCCUGCAGUCUUCCAGCUGCGAACCAUCGCCACCAUCUCUAUUGGACUAGGGGUGGGAACAGAUGUGGUAAUUGCUGCUGCCCUGUGUUUCUUCCUCAAUCGUCUCCGCACGGGAUACAAACCUGCUGAUUCGCUCGUCAAGCGUCUCGUGGUGGACACAAUCAACACAGGUGUUUUGACGACUGCUGUCAGUCUGACGACUUUGUUGUUGUUCGACUUCAACUCGGGCAACCUUGUCUUCCUUGCAACCUUCUUCCAGCUGUCGAAACUCUACGGCGUGUCAUUCCUCGCGACCCUGAACACUCGCCGGGCCGUGCGGGGCCGGGGUACCGAUGCGGAGACUGGUGCGGUAGAUGAGCAAUCUGGGCUGCCCUCUGCUAUCUUCCCGAUGCGAUCUGGCAGCUCUCGUCCCAGCAACAAGCGCCAGCAAGAAGAGACCAACAUCUUCGCCCUCGGAACGCGGGUGCCCUCCUUCCACGAGGGCGACUACUCCCCGAAUCAGAACGACCGUGAUUACCCAUUCAUGGUCGGCUCCAAACUCGCUGUGCGAUCGCCGGAGCAAGAAGGGGACUACUCAAGAGGGCUCCAGCCGCAUUAUGCGUACUGA